UGGUGGUGGUGGUGGUGGUGGUCGUCGUCGUCCUGCUUCUCCUCAGGCGGGCGGCUGAGGGGAGGCCCGAGCGGCUGGGCCGCCCCGGCCUGCGGAGCCCGUGAUUCUCUUUGUGUCCAGAUGGGUUUGUAUGGACAGUCCUGUCCAUUUGUAACUUCAUUAAGGAUGACCUCAGAACUGGAGAGCAGCCUAACAUCCAUGGACUGGUUACCACAGCUCACCAUGAGGGCGGCCAUCCAGAAAUCCGACGCCACCCAAAAUGCCCACGGACCCGGGGCUUCCAAGAAGAACGCGCUCCUCGACCCGAACACCACGCUGGACCAGGAGGAAGUACAGCAGCACAAAGACGGGAAGCCACCCUACAGUUACGCCAGCCUCAUUACGUUCGCGAUUAAUAGCUCACCCAAAAAGAAAAUGACUUUAAGUGAGAUUUACCAGUGGAUCUGCGAUAACUUCCCGUACUAUCGAGAGGCUGGCAGUGGUUGGAAGAAUUCCAUACGACACAACCUUUCUCUGAACAAGUGUUUCCUUAAAGUGCCUCGAUCCAAGGAUGACCCCGGAAAGGGUUCCUAUUGGGCAAUAGAUACCAAUCCCAAGGAGGACGCGCUGCCCACUCGGCCAAAGAAGCGGGCACGAUCUGUGGAACGGGCCUCAACUCCAUAUAGCAUAGACUCAGAUUCUUUGGGAAUGGAGUGUAUUGUUUCUACAAGUGCCUCCCCAACUCUGGCUAUCAACACUGUGACUAACAAAGUAACAUUGUAUAACACCGAUCAGGAUGGCAGUGACAGUCCACGCAGUAGCCUUAACAACAGUCUCUCUGAUCAGAGUUUGGCAUCUGUUAACUUGAACAGCGUAGGCAGUGUACAUAGCUACACUCCGGUGACAAAUCACCCAGAACCCGUCUCUCAGUCACUAACUCCUCAACAGCAGCCACAAUACAGCAUGCCAGAACGAGACAAACUACUUUUCUCAGAAUAUAAUUUUGAAGAUCUCAGUGCCUCAUUUCGAAGCCUUUAUAAAUCCGUUUUCGAGCAGUCUCUCAGCCAACAAGGUUUGAUGACCAUCCCUUCAGAGUCGUCCCAGCAGUCGCACACUUCUUGUUCGUAUCAGCACUCCCCCGGCGGCGCGGUGGGCCCUCACCCACCCGGCAACCAGAACAGCCUCGCCAACAACCACGGCAGCGGCCUCGGGGCGCCCGGCGGCAAUCCCGCCGCCCAGGUUUCGUUGUCUCCCCCGCAGCUGCACCCGCAGCCGGCCCCGCACCCGCCUCACCCUCCGCACCGGCCGCACGGUCUCCCCCACCAACAGCCCCGUCCGCCCCCUCCGGCCCCGCUCCCCCAGCAUCCGGCCCCACAUCAGCACCUCCAGCACCACCCGAACCAUCCGCAUCAGUCGCAUCCUCCCCCGCAGCAGGUACCCUGUAAUUCCGGUGUUUCAGCUGACUGGUAUGCAACAUUAGAUAUGUUGAAAGAAAGCUGUCGGAUUGCCAGCAGUGUUAAUUGGUCAGAUGUGGAUCUUUCACAGUUUCAAGGUUUAAUGGAGAGUAUGAGACAAGCAGAUCUGAAGAACUGGUCUUUGGAUCAGGUUCAGUUUGCGGAUCUCUGUUCUUCGCUCAAUCAGUUCUUUACACAGACUGGGCUCAUCCAUUCUCAAAGUAACGUUCAGCAGACUGUUUGUCACAGUGCCAUGCAUCCAACAAAACCUUCCCAGCACAUCGGAACAGGAAAUCUGUAUAUAGAUUCCAGGCCAAACCUCCCUCCUUCAGUGAUGGCUCCCCCCGGUUAUCCGCACAUCCCGCAGCCUCUCAGCACCCCUGGAGCAACGAUGGCAGGACAUCACGGAGCCAUGAAUCAGCAGCACAUGUUGCCUUCCUCGGCCUUCCAGAUGCGCCGCCCGCUUCCUCCGGAUGACAUUCAGGAUGAUUUCGAUUGGGAUUCUAUUGUGUAGGGCCCGCCUGGGCCAGGAACUCUGACCUUGUUUUCCAGACCGUGAAGAAAAGGUGAAAAGCAAUUCAGUAAUUAAAAAGUGAAGAUGUUCAUCACUAUAAAGCUGUUAUCUAAAUUUCCUUGGAAGACAAUCAGAAUACUUAGCUGGAUCACUUACCGCUUUUACUUGACCCAAACGAGUACCACGUGUCAGUCUCCCCUGCCAGCUUUCCGUAGCUCAACUGUUGUGUGAUUUGGGCAGCUUUUCGCAUAUUUGUGUCGGUUUUAAUGUUGACCACAAGUGCCAGACUGAUUUCUAGACAGAGCCUCUCACUACAGUUGGUCAGAACGCCCGAGUCGGUGUACAAGUGUUUCUCAAUUCUCAAUCGGAUUGUAUUUUGUCUCGACAAAAGAAAGUGACUGUGAGGUUUUCUAACUAGCUGGGAUUACUUUCUGCAAAAAUUGUCUUCUCGUUAUUUAGGUAGCUCGUAGGAAAUACUAUUUUUUUAGAUGUCUUCUAGCCACCUUAUAGGUCCACUCCGUAUCAGCCCGUGUAGAAAAGGAUUUCAAGGUUCACCUCACAGAAAUCGCCACGCAAA